AUGGAGGAUCUCCGACGCGGCGUGGCCGAGAUGCGCCGCUCCCUCACUGCGGCGGUGGAUCGUCUGGCCAAGGACCUCUACGAGUCCCAGGCGCACUUUGUACAGGAGCUUCUGCAGAACGCUGACGAUAACAGCUAUGCGGAGGGUGUGCGUCCUCGGAUUGACCUGGUCCUGAGGGGCAGGCCGCCAGAAGCUGCAGGGCAGCCAUAUUUCUUUGCAGCGAACAACGAGAAGGGGCUGACGGAGGCGGAUGUGCGCGCACUGUGCGACAUCUCCCGGUCCUCGAAGUCUCAGGCGACUGGGACGACCACCGGCUACAAGGGAGUCGGCUGGAAAUCCGUGUUUCGCGUCGCCGACGAGCCGCAUGUGCUGUCGCAAGGCUGGCGCUUCAAGUUCUCGUCGGCGGGGCUUGGAAUGCUUACACCGCAGUGGUUGGAGGACACGGAGGUUGACAAGCUGCCCAGCGAAGUUCGUGAGGCGCACAGCCGUGGCGACACGGUGUUCUACCUGCCGCUCUCCGAUCCCAGCAAGUCUGUACCCAGCAUCCGCACGGAGAUGCAGACCAUCCAGGCCGAUUGCGCUCAGCUGCUCUUCCUGCGCCGAGUCACCGAGAUAAGUUUGAGGGGCGAUUGGGCAGCGGACGAGUCCGAACAGGAGAUGGCGACCUGGGCCAGGUUAAUGGUUGCGGGCUCACCAGACCAGCGCGCGGCCACCACAUGCCAGAGAUACCAGCACACGGGCAGUGAGCCAGUUCUGGUGGAGGAGAACACCACGCGCUUCCAGAUCAGCAGCCACGAGGACGUUGUGGUGGCACUUCCGAAACUGGAGGAGCCGCCACCUCAGCGGGUCUUCGCGUACCUUCCGGUGCGAUCCGUUGCUCGGCGCACGAGACAGCACAGCUUGUUCUCUCCAGGAAUCCCCUUGAUUGCACGACAGGGCCCUAUAAACCUUAUGCCCUAA